CCUAAAAGAAAACACAAACACAUUCUACAAUAUUACCAGAUUCUUGUUUGUAUAUUAUUGUGAGAUAUUUUGAAGGGGAUCGAAACUACUCGAAACUAUAUAUACCAUGUCUAUGAAGUUGAUUUGGAGCCUCUGCAGCUGCAUAUGGCUAGUCAUGGCCAUAUCAACCCUAGCCCAAACAUCCGAUGACUCGAAUGCAGUGCUUGACACUGCCGGGCAGGCUCUUCAAUCCGGUGUAGACUACUACAUCCAACCCGCUAUUACCGACAAUGGCGGGCGUUUCACUUUGAUCAACAGAACUGAAUUAUGUCCACUUUACGUUGGUCAAGAAAAUGUCUCAGGUCCUAAGGGCUUGCCUGUGACAUUUUCUCCUUUUGUUGAGGGGGAAACUGUGGUGAGGGAAGGAAGGGACCAAAAGAUCACAUUCUCAGCAGUCACAAUCUGUGUGCAAUCAACCACAUGGAAGGUGGGUGAGACUGAUCAAGACACCCAAAGGAGAUUAAUUGGCACCGGAGAAGACGAAAACCAAAGCCUUCCUGGCCGUGCUAGAAACUACUUCAGGAUUACAAAGCAGGCAACACCAGAUGGUGUGUACAAUCUGGAAUGGUGCCCUACUGAAGUGUGUCCAACUUGUAGGUUCAUUUGUGGAUCUGUUGGUGCUAUUGUUGAGAAUGACAAGAGGCUGCUGGCCUUGGAUGGUUCAGUGCUUCCUGUUGUGUUUGAGAGGGCUUAAAUUUAAAUAUGUCCACAUAUUAUAUGGGAAACUAAUUAAUAAUUAAGGGGAUCUUGAUUAAUAAUAGCUCUUUCUGUAAUAAUGGGAAUCAUGUCCUAGCUGACUAUGAUCAUGAUCUCUUCUCUCUUUUAUCUCAAUAAACUGGUGCAAACUAAUAUGGUAUUGAAGUUAAUGAUUUCUUAA